AACCCCCCUCCCCCGCAACGGCGAACGGCGACGAGGGUUUAAGCGCUUCGAAAAAUGGCCGCCCGCUGAAAAGAACUCCCUUCCGCCGUCGCCGCCGCCGCCGUCGCCGUCGACGUCGAUUCUCCCGCCCUGCGCCGCGCGCGCGCGAUGGACGGCGUGCGGGUGCGGCUGUGGUUCGACGACCGCCGCGUCCUGAGCAAGCCGCAGAGGAAGGAAGGGCUGAAUCGGAGCUGGGUCCUGCUGCAGCCGCACCACAGCACAAUCGCGGACCUCGCCGCCCAUGUCGUUAACGCAUUCGACCUCUGGGACUCCUGCCCUAACGGCCUCGUCCUGUCGAUGGAUGGUUAUGUUCUACCGCCCUUCGAGUCAACUUCUAUACUCCAGGACAAGGACAUUGUUGGAGUGAAAAAGAAACAGGGUACUUCAAGAGACACCAUUAAGCCGCGUGACGUGGAGGAUGCCUUGGAAGAGAUAGAGUUUGUAGAGAAGCAGCCUGUGCAGACAGGUUUAAAGCUGCUCGCGAAUGAAGAGUUUGAGAAGGAGGCUGGGGGUUAUGAAAGUGAAUCUGAAGAAGAUGAACAUGGACAGUCACAUGGUAGUUUGAAUGAGGAAGAUAUGUCCAAUAAUAAUGUGGUCUCCAAGAAGAGGAAGGCGUCAAAAAAGCUCGGGGGCUCAAAAAGGAAGAAAAGUAAAUUGUCCGGUGUGGAGUGCCCAAAAGUCCCUGGUAGUGUCAUAGAUGAUACUCCUGUCGAGAAGGAAAUACUGCAAAAUGAUGGAGCCACCAUUGAUGACAGCAAGUCCUCCUCUGGACAGGCUACACCAGACAAGUCGAUAACCCAUGAAGAUGAAGUAACAAUUACUCCAUCUGCUAAAAGUCAGCAACAGGAAAAUGAUGGAGGAAGUGAAGGCGCAACUGAUACACCUUCUAAACCAAAGUUACCAAGUCGAAGUGCUCGCCGUAAAAAAGCGAAGCGAAGGUGGCUUAGGGAAAUGCGCCAAAUUGGACAGAAAGAGGUGGAAAAAAUGAAUAUCGGCAGCUGCCUAAUAAAAAGCAAUCACUUGGAAAAAAAUAUCGGCAGCUGCCUGAUAAAGGAGAGUGAGUUCUCUAAAGAACAUGAACAGCAGCAUCAAAGUCAAACCUUCACCCAAGAACACCAGCCACUAAAUCACGUUUAUGAAAAUAAUACAAAUGAGGACAUAGUUCCUGUGGUAAUUAGGCCUGGGCAUAUUCGCUUUGAGCCUCUGGAAGAAGAUGUAGAUCAGGAUGUUCAGAAAAGUCAAGUUUCACUGUUGCAGACUUUUGAAUGGAAUGGGAUCACAAGCAAGAAGAAAGGACAAAAAUGGGGCAAAGAGAAAGCAGGAUCCUGGCAGUGGACCGAUAAUAAAAAUCUCAACCAAGAAUCUUCCCUAGUGACAAAUGUUGUAGCAGAGUCGCCUUUAACUGAUCUUGGGGACUUUGAUAAACUGCCACCUUAUGGGUUGUCGCCUCAGGAAGGUGAUAUCGUGGCAUAUCGUGUAAUUGAGCUAUCAUCCUCCUGGUGCCCUGAACUUACUUCAUUCAGGGUUGGGAAAAUAUCAUCAUACCAUCAGCGAUCUAAUAAAAUCUUGUUAGUCCCUGUGGGAGAAUAUGCACUUGACUUGGAGAAUAUAGACAAGUCCCUGUAUAAAGAGGAUGGCUCCCUGGAGGUUGAUUUUUCAUCACUUAUUGAUGUCCGAAUUGUCAAGUAUGGAAAAUCGAAUUCCGUAGAACAAGGCACUGGUGCUGGAGGAGUGGAAGUCGCUGCAGGAGAUCAAAAUGCCAAAUCAAAUGGUUCAACUGACAAUAUUGGUGAAGCAACGCCUGGUCCCACAAAAGCAAAUGGAAAGGCAGAUGUGUGGGAAGAAAUCAGCGAGGCUUUGAGUGCAAAGAAGGCACAGUUGUCUCAGCAAGAUAAUUGGACGAUGAAACAGAGUUCAGGCAGAAGUUCCUGGUCAUUCAGGGCCUUGAGAGGAAGUGCUUUAGGUCCAACAAUGGCCCUUUUGAGAGCUCAAAAUGGAGUGUGAACCAUCAAUUUCCCCCUUACCAGUUUCCGUCAAUUUUCACGAAUUAUCGAAAUCGCUGCAUGUGACGUCAAGCUUUAGCGUGCCAUUGCGAGUCCAGUUUUGUGUGCAAGGGCUCGCUAAUCUUUAUCGGGGUAAUGCUAUUAGCAGUGUAAAAGAUUGACUGGUGUCAGGAAAAUCCUUUCAAUCUGCUUCGGGGUGUGACCUUUUGUAAUUUAUGGUAGUUUUGGAAUUCUGUAUAUAAGCACAAUGCUGUAGUUUUGAACUGGCAAAAUGUCUUCUUGACCUCUACAUUGGGUCAUGUUUGGUUUAUACUCAGUAAUGAUCAUUUCCAAGUGUCCUCUAGUUUGCUU